CGCAAGCUCUAUGAUUUCUAGCUCAUUUCGCUCUGAACAGCUAUGCUAAACAACUAAGACAACAUGCUCACUCAAUACAGUGCAUGUGUAAGGUGUAAUGACAGGGUAGUCGAGAAAUGUACAAUAACAGGCCAUACAGGUCAAGGUCAUAAGGUGAAAUUCAUAAAACACAGGGUGAAUGAAAAGGGUAAAAAAGAAGGGCAAAAACAACACAAAAGUAGUGAUCUGUGAGAUAAACACAGAAGAAGGGAAAAAGAGUACUAAUCCACCAUGUCCAAAAUCAGAGGGAAUCGACGUGGAUUUCAUCAUGGUACAAUA